AUGCCACGUUCAUUAAAAUCAUCAACUCCUCGUCGUUUUUCUAUAGUAUUUUAUUUAAAAUGUGCUGUUUGUAUAUUAAUAAUGUAUUAUUUAAAUUUAUUAUUUGGUUUAAAAUAUUAUUUUUGGCCUGAAAAAUCUUUUGAUGAAGAAUAUAGUUUAAAUAUGAUACGUAUUGAUGCAACAAAAAUAGAAGAACAUCCUGAACGUUUAUUAGGUUCACCAAAAAAUCUUCUUUCAAAUCAUUUUCUUAUUGAAAAUGAAUAUUUAUGUGGUCGUUCACUUGAUCCUGAAAUACUUCUUCAACCUCAUGUACUCAUCUUAGUUAAAUCAUCUUGUGAAAAAUUUCAAGAAAGACAAGCUAUCCGAUUAACUUGGGGAGAAAAACAACAAUUAGGAAAAAAAAGUUGUAAAUUAGCAUUUGUUUUAGGUGAAAAUCGACAUAACAUAAGUAUUGAAAAUGAAAUGACAAAAUAUGGUGAUAUAAUUCAAAUUGAUAAAUUGGAUUCUUAUUAUUAUACUUCAUCUAAAAUGAUAAUGAUGCUUCGUUGGAUAACUGAUUAUUGUACAUCAAAAUCUGAACGAACUUCGUAUCAAGAUCUUCGAAAUUAUGUUUUAUUUGUUGAUGAUGAUUAUUAUAUAGAUAUUGAUUCAUUAUUAUUAUAUCUUCGUCGUCUUGAUGAAGAUCCAGAUAUAACAACAUAUGAAAGACGAACAUUUAUAACAGGUGAACUUAUUGAAGGAUCACGUCCUCGACGAUUUCUAAAUGAUCGUUAUUAUGUUUCAUUAAUUGAUUAUCCAUAUGAUAUGUAUCCAGCAUAUAUUUCAACUGGAUGUUUUUUAAUGACAAGAUAUAAUGCGAGAUUAUUUUAUAUAGCAUCAAAAUAUAUUCGUUUAUUUCAUUUUGAUCAUAUUUAUAUGGGAAUAUUGGCAUAUUCAAUGUCAAUUAAAUUAAUUGAAAAUAAUGAACUUUUUUCAACAUCAUUAUCAUCAACAAUGUAUUUUCAUAAUCAAACAAAAUUUUUAUCAAGAUGGAAAAAUAUUUUUAAUAAUAGAAUUGAUUUUCAUGUUGAUAAAAAACCUAUUUGUAUUCGAGGAUAUCAUGCUCAAAAAUUAAUUCAAAUUUGGAAUGAUAUUCAUCAAACUAAUCUUACUUUUUAA